UUCAUUAUUCAACCGCAAGUGACAAGAAAUUGACAUACGAAUUUGCUUUUCAAUACUCUUCUGCUUACAAUUUAUAACGCUGUGACUACUUUUAUUGUGUCCUUUCUUAUUAUAUUUCUUACUUAUUUUAUUUUCUAUUAUUAAAAUAAAUUUUUACCUGUGUUGAAUUAUUGAACUUUUAUUCAACAUUGCAAGAUUAAUUUGCAUUUAUUUCAACAAACUUUUUGUUAUAUAAUGAGCAAAGGAUUGUUACAAGUUACUGAAUUAAUAAUAUUGAAUCUUAUUAUUAUUAUUAUUAUUUAAUCAAGGAUUUUUUACUCUUCAUCUUUUCAUAACAAUGGUUCAGUUAAAACGCAAGAUUCUAUCACGAGGAGGUUUGUUGAAUCAACUAAAAAAUGUGAGAUUCAGUUCUUCUUUAAAAGUUCAAGAUCAAGAACGUAUCCAGCCAGAGCCAGAAAAUUCUUUUAAGUAUGCAGAUUUAUCGGUUAGAUUGGCCCCUCCGCAUUUACUUCAACCCAAGCCUGAUGUCAGGGAUCUUGUGUUUGGUAAACAUUUCACUGAUCACAUGUUUAAAGUUUUCUAUCAUGAAGAUUUAGGAGGAUGGCAAUUGCCAGAAAUUACUCCUUUGGAGAGUCUUGUUCUCCAUCCUGCUACAAAAGCUCUUCAUUAUGCCGUUCAAGUAUUCGAAGGCAUGAAAGCCUACCGUGGUAAGGAUGGAAAAAUUCGGUUGUUCCGUCCUGAAUUAAAUAUGGAAAGGUUGAACCGAUCAUCCCAUAGGUUGGGUCUACCAAUGUUUAAUGGAACAGAAUUCAUUAAAUGUUUGAGGAGGCUAGUUGGUAUAGAUCAAGAGUGGGUACCACAUUGUGAAACUGCCAGUCUCUACAUAAGACCUACAAUCAUCGGUGUAGAUCCUACAUUAGGAGUUGCAUCAUCCCAAUCAGCACUCUUCUACACGAUCCUGUGUCCGGUUGGAUCCUACUUCCACAAUGCAUCUACGCAAGAGGGUAUAUCGUUGCUAGCAGAUCCGAAUUAUACCAGAGCAUGGCCUGGAGGUUGCGGAGAUCGUAAAGUUGGUAGUAAUUAUGGGCCAACGAUUCACGUUCAAGAAAAGGCUUCAGAAAAAGGUCUUCAACAAGUUCUAUGGCUAUACGGUCAAGAUAUGCAAGUUACAGAAGCUGGUACCAUGAAUAUCUUUAUGGUUAUCAUGAAUGAAGAUGGAGAAAAAGAAUUAAUUACUCCACCGUUAAAUGGACUCAUUCUUCCUGGAAUUACUAGAAUGUCAAUUCUAGAACUCGCUCGGGAGUGGAACCAGUUCAAAGUAACUGAAAGAAUCAUCACUAUGGAAGAAGUGUGUCGUUUAAUAUCAGAAAAGAGGUUGCUGGAAAUGUUUGGAGCUGGAACAGCAUGUGUAAUUGGUCCUAUCUCACAUAUCGACUUCAUGGAUCGACCUCUUCAUAUACCAACGUUGGAACAAUCAAAUCCAAUAUAUGAAACGCUUUUAAAAACUUUUAUGGAUAUCCAAUAUGGAUACAUACCUAAUCAUCCUUGGGCGUUGGAGAUCGAUUAACAUUGGAAAGAGUCGCUGUCAACAUUUAGAUAAUAUUGUUUUUUUAUUAAGUUGUUGAUCCGGCAUAUUCUGGAUUAGCCAUAUAUUUAUGAAUUUAGCAUAAGUAAAAUGAAGAUGUAUAGAUAUAUAUUUUCACCGUUAUUUGUUACUAUUGUUUUUGUUAUUGUUAUUUUUUUAAGUGAAGAGAAUGAUGAGUUUUACAAGUAGAAAAAAUUGUAAAUAUUAUUGAUUAUAAUAGAUGAUAUACUUAAUCAAAAUUGUAAAUAAGGCUACUUAUCGUUUAACAAAAUGUUUAUACAUUUUCUUAAAUUUUACAAAUAUUUGUUGUUGUCAUUCUCUAUUUUUUUGCAUUGAACUUGACUGAAUAUUUCCAAAUACUCAAGUUUUUACUAUUACCUCUGAAUUUUUUUUUUUUA